AUGAGCCGAUCGGUCUUGGCAAGGUCUACUACUGUUUUGAAGGCGUGCAGCCAGGGUGACCUGGGCCAGCUGAAGCUCAUGGCCAAACGCGGCGCCUUGCAGCAGAAGUGCCAGGCAGGGAACUCCCUGCUACAUGUGGGAGCACGCAGCGGCCAACUGGAGGUCGUUCAGUUUCUGCUGUCGAACCGGCAGGUGGAUGUGAACGUCCAGAACAAGAAUGGCUGGACACCGCUCAUGUGGACGGCCAUCACUGGUCAGGUGGAGCUGGCAGAAUUGCUGAUUCAGGCUGCCUCUGACAUCUACAAGAGAGAUGAGAAGGGCAUGACAGCGCUCAUGUGGGCGGCCAAGCACGGCCAUCAGGAGAUAGCCCGGCUCUUGCUGAAUGCCGGGGAGCACACGGGGCGCAAGGACUUCGCGGGUCGACUGGCCUCAGACCACGCGCAGCAGCACGCCGCGAUGCUGGCGCUGCUGGAGGCAACUGCCCGGGUGAAUCAGCGCAUGCUGGUGGCUGCACAGCGCAAUGACCUGAAGAAGGUAGCCAAGUGUUUGGGCGAACCUCGGCGUCAUUGA